GGAGAGUGGCGACUCGCCGACGCGGCCAAAGUUCAUUCGCCGCGAGUCCCUACGUCGAGUAUCUUCGUUUUCAUCGUCCCGAAGACGCUUAGAUACCCAGGGGUCCGAGAGAUAUGAGAAUGUGGGAGAACGUGGAAUUAAUGAAUGCCAGUAACCAAGGAAGACCUCGGAAAGAAUUUCAAAGUACUUACGGUGAUAUAAGGUCGUUCUAUAUAUAUAAGGCGUCAUAUAUGAAACUUUUCUCCAAAAUGGUUGCAUUGAAUCCCAAAUAUAGACCAUACUCAGCGACAUGAUUUUUUUAUAGAGCAUAUUUAUUUGAUAAUUAAUAUAUAUGUACAUCAUCAAAGUAUUUCCAUUUAUACAUUUAUGCGCAGAUUUACUACUUACUGAAUAGAUUUAAAGAAUAAUCGAACAGGGAUAGUGAUUUAAGUGACACGCAUGACCUAGGCUAGGAAGUCGAAUAAUAAAACGAUGUCAAUACUAAACAUUACAUACGUGCCACGUCAGUACAAAGACCGAUCGAAUUGCUUGGGAAUCAGGGAACUUUUACGCGGACGUCGCGAUUGCGUCAUCCAAAAUCUUGUACUCCAACAUUAUCGACAUGCAAACGUUUUUUAAUCAUCAUUUCAUUAUGUGAUUUUUAAUUUAUUUAUAUCGGAUACGACAUUAUAUAUGCAUCGGCUAGCUAGAAAGAUACGUAGGCUUUGUCCAUAAAAUUAUUCCUAAAGUUUCAUCAUUGUUUCAACCUUAAUAAAUUUGUCGACCUUAUAAACAAGAUGUCGGGGAUCUUUCCCAAUUAAUUAUUAUUAUUAGGAGUUGAAUUAUUUUAUUAGAUCCUCUCCUGGAUUUGUACCAGGAUUUUCUGAUUCACAAAGAAGCGCGUAAGCUGGCAUAAACCCGAAGCGCAAAAACAAAGUCUGGGCGCGCUGAUCGCGGCGGUCGUUGCGGCAAUCGGGCGCGCGCGGCGCCCGAGCGGCCCUGAGUGGCCGACGUUGCCGGAGCGACUGCUGAGUCACAUAUCGGUCGCGAUCUCUCCCGGCAAGGUGCGUCAGGCUUGGCAGGGCCGUUUCCCCUAGAAUUCGCGGUUCCCAAGUGCGACGAGGUUCCCAAAGACCCGCCAGCGAUCGCCCCCGCCAUGGCUUAGGCGUCUCGCGAGAUCCGCCGCCGUCGCGGGCCCCAGGAAGCCUCAAACUCCGGCGAAGUCACGAGGCCGCGAGCUGUCAACUCUCGUCUUCUUUGGAUUUCCUGUCUCUGACGGAGUGUCAAGCCUCGCCGAGGUGCGCUAAAUUCCCGACAUUCGAGCACCUUCGCGCGAGCGUCGAUCCCGUGGCCGCGAGUCGCGAGUCGGCGCCAGGGACCGAGGUAAGCUGCAGACGCGGUUUUGAGGUUAUUUCGGUAUACCCGCGCUAUACGGUGUUACUGACCCGCACUCGCCGGAGGAGGUCUCACUGGGUGUUUAUUUCCACGCCAGCGAUACGACGAGCAGGUUGCCACUCCGCUGCCGAGAGGAAUUAAGAGAAGUCAAGAGGAAUCGAGAGAAGUCCAGCUAAGAAGGGGUUAAGAAACGGAGAGGAACCUGUGCAGAUUUAAUGGCAGGGUGAGCACCGUAGGUCUUUGAUGACCCUACGUGCAGUGUUCGAGAAGGCUGGAGAAGACAGAAGACGUGGGAGCUGAGAUAGCUACGGCGAGUCGAGGCGGCAGGCAUGCCGGGUUGGACAAUCGUACUUUACAUGAAUCUCUAUCGAUUGUGACGACGAGGAGUUUCUAAGAGAAGGAUCGACUGUAGCAAGAGGUGAUAAAAAGUGAACCUUCGACGAGCAAGAUGCUGUGCCUGAAGAAGCUGUACCGGGAGGAGCUGCUGCAGCUCGCGCUGUUGCUGUCGCUGCUCCGAGUGGAUCCGGACUCCUAUUCGGGGCUGGAUAUUAGGACUAUAGGUGUCGGGCUGCUGGAUCUCAAUAAUAACACGGGAUGGCACUCCGAUGUGCCUACUAUUAUUCAUCGGCCUGUGUACGUUCAUCCGAAGAACCUGGACUCGAUGCUGUUAAAUUACGAGAGAGAUCUGUUCGAAGACUUAAAUUCGCUGGGAAGGUACAAUGUGCUCGAUUCUGCUCGGAAUGACAUCCAUGCGUACCUGUUGAACGUCGAAGAUUCUUCGAGGGAACCCGUUGUAGCCGGACCUAGUAUAGCGGUGUCUACGGACCCUGCCAGAGAUGUGACGUCUCCGGAUACUCCAACUGCAGCCGAGGCUCCUGCGGAUCCCGUUGGCGCUGCUGAACUCACGCAAGAGGACAUGGAUCUGAUCGAGGUCCUUUGGAAGCAAGACGUGGACCUUGGGUUCACAUUGGUGGAUCCUUCGGCCCCUUCGCCAACGUCUGCCAAAAAGCUCGCAUCUUCCUCGGAGAAGGAGGUCGACGAUGACGUCGAAAAGCUCAAAGCUCUCGAGGCCAUCAACGCUACCAAAGAGAAGGAGGCCAAAGACCCCGACAAAGAAGAAGAUCCCUGGGCAGGAUUGACCUACACCAUCGAUCUGGAAACAGGGGAGUACAUCCUAAACUCUGGCAACCAGAGCGUGAGUAGCUCCGUCAGCAACGAGGAGCCAUUAUUGGGCCAGUCUUCUUUGGACUUGAACGACCACGGAUUGGUGGGACUUUCGGAAGACUCUCUCGGACUGAACAACAGUUUAGGACUCGAAAGUGACUUCACCUCCGAGCUCCUAGGGGAUGGUCUCCUAGGAGGUGGCGUCGAGGGUCUCCUCAGCAACGAUUCUCUGGGCUUGCCCGACGGAUUCAACCUCGAAGAGGCUCUUCAACUCGUCGGCCUCGAUGAGGCUCAACCAGAGCAAGCCAAGCCGGAAGUGAAGAAGUCAGACGAAGAGAGUGCUACCGAAGAGGAGGAGAAGAGUCCCGAGACUACCGACCCGCCGACGGAAAACGAGAAGGACUCGAAAAGCUCAAACCAAUCCGAGGACGCGGAAACCGGCGACAUGAUUCACACACCGCAAUUCCACCAUCCCCAUCAUCCUCACCACCGCACCUUCCAGGGUCGCAUGCCAUUUGUGCGUGCAAUGAGCAUGGAACAGCGGUGGCAGGAUCUGGCGUCCCUGUUGUCGCUUCCUGGGACGCCGGAACACUUUGCACAUCCUGGACAUCCUGGAUACCCAGGACACGGGAUCUCCCAUGGACACUACGAGGCACAACGUAAUGUCCUGCUUCACAAUGCCACCCUUGCCCCUCCGGUUGGCGAUCUCAACUCCACCGGGCCCUACCACAAUGUCGCUGUGGCCACGUCGAUGAACCUGACGAACAGCAGCGAGCCAAUGGGUGCAGAAAACGGAGCAGGGUACAAAUCCGAGCCGAACGACAUGAUGUACUAUCACGCACCUGCUUCGGAUACCAUCAAUCAGACCACCGAAGGAUUCCUGUCGUCCCUCCUAAACGACGAGGACCUGCACCUGAUGGACAUGGCCAUGAACGACGGCAUGUACACCAUGCGCAUGCUGGACAACAGCAGCAACAACGCCUCCGGUCCAACGGGAGCAGCGGCUCUUCCAGGUGUGCAGUCGGCAGGAGGAACAACGGCGACGACUGCCCCAGGUGUCACCGCCAUUCCCGUUAUCACUGACGAGAGGAUGGACGCGUCGAGUGAUAGCGCCGUCAGCAGCAUGGGAAGCGAGAGGGUGCCAUCCCUGUCCGAUGGCGAAUGGAUGGAGACGGGAUCAAACUCCAGCCACACCCAGGCGGAUUCCCACUAUUCCAUGGAUUACGCCAGCAAAUACCGCAUGCCCUACGACUGCAGCUACUCGAUAUCAGGAAGAACCGGAGGCUCUCCACGUUGUCAAGCUGAGCGCACCAUGCCACCGGUUGCGCAGAAGAAACAUCAGAUGUUCGCCAAGAGAUACUUCCAGGAACAAGGAACUGGUUCGCCAUUAGGAGCCAGUGCUCAUCCUACGACGCCGAUAAAAUACGAGUAUGAUACUCAAACCGUGGGUGCUGGGGCACCUGGGAACGCUUACUCGGGACCGAUAGAAGGUGCUGCUGGUCCUCAGCCUGAAAUGAAGUACACGUGCAGCGUCGAUUUCUCACGCCAUCAGACCGGACGCACCGCCAUUGAGCACAUCCACCACAAUCACACGUACCAUUUACCUGCGGAGAGCUCUGGAUCGCUUCAACGUCCCCUGUCUCGCGACAAGAAAGUUCGCAAGAGUGAAGGAGAGGAGCAUCUCACGAGGGAUGAGAAGCGAGCAAGGGCGUUGAACGUCCCGAUUCCUGUACACGAUAUCAUCAAUUUGCCGAUGGACGAGUUCAACGAACGACUCAGCAAGUACGACCUGAGCGAGGCGCAACUCUCGCUGAUACGCGACAUCAGAAGACGAGGGAAGAACAAAGUGGCGGCGCAAAACUGCCGUAAACGCAAACUCGAUCAGAUCAUCAGCUUGGCCGAUCAGGUCAAGGAAAUGCGCGAUCGCAAGAUGAGGCUCAUUCGAGAGCGGGAUUUCAUGCUGCUGGAGAGGCAACGCGUCAAGGACAAGUUCAGUCAACUCUACCGGCAUGUCUUCCAGUCUCUCCGGGACCCAGACGGCAACCAGUACCACCCGUACGAGUACAGCCUCCAGCAGUCGGCGGACGGGAACGUCCUCUUGGUGCCCAGGAAUCAGACGAACCCCCACCACCCGCGCCCCUCUUCGAUGGAGCCGAAGACAAAGCCAGAUCCCGAGCACAAGGAGUGAAGCACCGCGAGGGAUCAGCUUCGAAGCGAUUGGUAAUCAGAAGACACCUCCACCGGCUCCGGCACGAGGUCGCACCUCCGGCCUCGAGCCGAGGGACGUCAUCGUCAGCGAUCAUCGCUAGAUAAUGUGUCAGGCCUCGACGUCCAACGACCUGGCGAAAUGGCGACUAAUCCAAGGCGCGAUCGCCACGCGCCGACAGAAGACUGUGUCAACUUUAGGCUUACGACUCUGCGAAGUCGCCGCGGCUCCUGGGAGGAAGAGUUACCCCUUUUGGACCUCGAACCUAGGACGAUUCCGAAAAGAAGGCAAACGUAACGCCGAAUCACCUUCCUGGAGAGAGAGACAACGGUCGCUCUAGGUGUUACGCGUAGAUCUCUGGCUGAGCUUUCGCAUUUUCCUCUCCCUUAAACGAUGCUGGAAGCUUCACUCGGGCUGGAUCUCGAUGAGAGAGUCGCAGGAAAGAGCGACCAGCACGAAGAAUCCGAGAAUGUCCCUGAGCCGCGAGCGGCUGUUUUUACUAAUCUUAGGGAGACUCAACGAUGAUGGAACCUCGAAGUAGUACAAGGAGAUACAGCGCCAUGCAUUGAAAUCGUCCCCACUUUAGGGGCCCUAGAUCUUCGGAUUUUUUUUUAUAGUCUCGAUUUUGAGCUCACUUUCGGCAGAAACGAUUAUGGACGUUACGUCUCUUUGUACUACUUCAUGGAUGGAACGAUUCGCUUGGUCUAGGAUCUAGGGAGACGGGGUCGCGAGGCUUUAGACGAUUAACGACUCUUCCUCCUGCCUUAACGCCUGGAUUCUUAAUUCGAUUAAAUCAAAGGUGUGGGACACUUGCGAAUAUUCUCCUCGAGGCGAAGCGAUCGUAGAGUGCGAUCUCGUUCGAUUGGGGAAUUAUUUGGUAAUUCGCGAGACCUGACGCGAUGUUCGGGUCUUAUGUCGAAAAGUCAAAUUUCGGCCCCGUCGAGCUGAAUAGUCGCAAUCGGUUAGGAUUUCCUAACUUGUAACGAACCACCGCGAGCUUUCGCAUUAGUUCCCGAGCGGCCGAGGUAAUUAUUAAAGGUACAGUCGGUAGGGAUGAAGUACUCGAAGAGGUACUCGACGAUGAUGGGCUGCGACAGCUCUCGGCAACUGAGAAAUGAGUAGAUUAGAAGCAGAGUCGACAAAAGGCAAAUGUUCGAGUUAUCGGGUAAGGAGAGGCACCGAAGUCGCAGGGCUGUUAUUUUUCUCUUUCUCAUUAACAAACAAAAGGAGCCCCCGUUGCAUUCGCUCAAGUUCACUUACUAUUCUAGACGAGGCAGCGUUUCGAAUUUGGGAUCGCCCUAACGCAACAGGGAAAAUGACCGAUCACGCGAGACGCUGUUCUCAAUAAGCCGCAACUAUGAAAAGUAAACGAGUUAAUCAAGUUAAAACGUACGCGAGUGAUAACCGCGAUGCGCCGCUAACGCUGCAAUCACAAAGUAGUAUGAGAUGAAAUGCCAUAAAAAAUCUGAGAUCGUAGGUCCAGAUUCUGGGGCCACUUUCUGUGUAACCGAUCGUUGGCGUUAUGUCUCCUUAUACUACUUUUCAUGGCUGCAAUAUUGUUCGCACGAGGAAUAUAUGGCGAAGGGUUGAUAACAAAUGAACCUAUUUUUGUAACGCGCGUGAAACAAGACGAGAAACAUUCAGGUAUUUCACAUUUGCCUUUUUAUGUAUAUAUCGAUGUAGUUAGUAUAAUUUUCUAUAAAUACUAUACAUAUUACGAUAUAUGAGAGCGAAAAGGGGAGAUUUGUGCAUUUCUACGAGCCCGGGGUAAUGUACGUAAGUGCACCUAUGUAUAUACACACAGCGCGCAUACGAGACACGACACACACCCACACAUGCAAACACAUAGCGAGUAAAGCGCAGGCAGUAAAAGUUAAAUAUAGAUAUUAUAUUGUAACGAGGAAGGAAGUUACGAGAAGCGCGACUUUCGUCGAGGAUUAUUAAUAUCGCCUGAUUACUAAGGUUUACAUACACAAUUGUAUUCAUACUACUGGGUGUAGGAUGGCUUUUGCGUACCGUACUCUCGACGAGCGGACUUUUUAUGUGAGCCGCUCUUAAAUAAAAGGAAGAGAAAAAAAAAGAAACGCAAGAAAAUGUAAUAAAAAAUGUGGAAUUCGCCGCGGGAAGCGCAAACUCUCUCGUUUUACGUAUCUUGUUUGUUUAAACGAUACUAAUCGGCUGUUCGUCCGGCAAGACUUUUUAGAUCUCUCCUCCCUGAAUUUCUAUAUUGUACAAAUGAAUCUGAAAUAAACCUCUGGGGACAAAAUAACCACGA